CGUUUUUAAAUACGACACUCGCUAUGAAUAGCUAUAUGGCUGUGUUUUGUAAAGAACUUGACGAAGAACAACAAUGGCCUUGUUUUCAUUCAUGUUGAGAUUCAUUUUCAAAUAUGUUCGCCUAGUGAUUUUACUUUGUAAAUAAAAUACCGGAAAUUCUGUGUGAUCCAUUUUGGCGGACUUAACAUUUGGAAGAGGACCGUGUCCAUUUACUUUGAGCUCUAAAAUUAGGGAGGCACCGCGAAUGCGACUGACGCAAGAUGUCUAAACUGGACUGUCUACUCUUCUCUGUGUCAAUGGUAUCAGGAUUCAGGACCAUGGAAACGUUCCCUACAACUUUGCUGUUAUUGAUGACACGCUGUGUAUUUUUAGACGUUGUUGUCAUCUUUCCGUAACACCCCGCAGGCAGGGUUCAGUAUAAAGGAGUCCUUCAAAAUGCAGCUGUACAACAGUGUCCUGACACACUACCCGAAGUCCUCUCGCAAAGUUUCAAUAACUGUAUCGAGCGGAUCUGACGGUGUGACCGGGACAACGUCAAGUUCCUCCGCGGCUGAUAAACCAGGAUUCACACAGCAGGACUCAACUUCAGCUGCUAACGGCGAUUCGGGAAGAGAGACGCCGUCUUCCGCAAACAUGCCUGCCUUUUCAUGUUACGAAACUUCGUCAUUGAAGCCAGUUUACUUCACGUCCACGGCUGAAAUAAUCAUCCGCCGACCCGAUGGAGUUGAGCGGUCAGUACCUGUACACAUCAUGAGGGAGUCCAAGCCCAAAAGAUCAUCCCCUGACCUUAUUUCACAUGAUUGUGACAGUGUAACAUAUAAUGAUUCCGAUGUGAUAGUAGACUUGAUUGAUCAUUGGAGCAAUGGGACUCAGCGUUUCUCUGAUUGCCCAGAAUUGGUGGAAAAUGACUUUUUGAACACUAAGAGCAUCAGUGGACCCAGAAUAGAAGAUAGCAACAGGAUGAUGGUAAUGUCAAGUGAUGACGAUGGUGUUUCAGUGACUAAUACCCCCAUCAAAAGCAACGGAUGGGCCUCACCACAUGAAGUGGAGCCCAUUCCAUGUGGGGCAGGUCGACCCCAAGAGCUCACAGAUGAAGAUUUCCAUCAUCACAGCAGUUGUCAAGCCGCUCCUCCAUCAGGUGAGACAGGGGCCUUUGAGCUCAGUGUCCUGCAGGAGGCGUCCGCGCAGAGAUGUACUGACAAAGAGGACAUCAACGACAAGGUAACCCGGUACCUGGCUGAGGUGGAGAAACAGAACAAGUACCUCCAGGAGAGGCACAAAUAUAGGUACCACGUCAUCCCGGAUGGCAACUGCCUAUACAGAGCUGUGUGCAAAGCCGCUUUUGGAGAGCAGUCAAGGCACAGUGAGCUGAGGGAGCAGACCGUGCACCACAUAGCUGACCACUUGGAUGAGUUCAACCCCAUCAUCGAAGGGGACGUAGGGGAGUUCCUAAUCAAUGCAGCGCAGGAUGGCACCUGGGCCGGGUACCCUGAGCUCCUCGCCAUGAGCCAGAUGCUGAACGUCAACAUCCACCUGACGACAGGGGGGAGCCUGGAGAGCCCCACCGUGUCCACCAUGGUGCAUUACCUCGGGGAGGAGGAUCCAUCCAAACCUGCUAUCUGGCUGAGUUGGCUCAGCAACGGUCACUACGAUGCCCUUCUGGACAAGUGCUUCCCCAACCCAGAGUAUGAGGACUGGUGCCGUCACUCACAGAUACAGAGGAAACGGGACGAGGAACUGGCAAAGUCAAUGGCAGCCUCACUCUCCAAAAUGUACAUUGAGCAAAAUGGGGCUGUGUGAAAGCAGUGUGUGGGAGUGAUGAGAUUUGAGGGGUGUAAAAGUGUUAGUGUACAGUACAAAAGUGCUAUUUGCACAUUGAAUAUGACUGGUUUCUACGUGUUCUAAAUUAUUUUUUCUAAGUUUUGUAUUGUUAGAGACAGAAAGUGCAGUGCACAUAUUUUGGUCCUUGUAUAUACUUAGCCAAAUGGAAGGCAGUUGCCUUUGAAAGUGUUUGUAAGAAAGUGUGAGCCUGUGCUUUUUGAUCAUGUUUGGGAUAAUGUUGAAGUGAGUGAGGUCAUUCAAAUGUGUUACUUUGGAGGACAUACAGUAUUUAUUUGCCUUUUACUGGCAGUACAAUGACAGUAAGUUUUCUAUUAUGCCUAUGCUCUUUUAGUCAUUGCCAAAUAUGAAAUAAAGAGACUUGGUUUA